AUGGGGAACCAGGACGGGAAGCUGAAAAAGGCUGGAGGAGAUGGGCAGGAAUGCGUGGAGGAUGCUAGGCCCAAGGAUGCUGAUGGCACAAAGAAAGUGUCGGGGGGCAAGAAAACGCAUGCAAAACACGGCAAGGGAAGUGACAGCAGCAGGAAGAAAAAAUCCGAGUCUUCCCGAUCGGUGUUCUCCAUUAGGAAGAGGAAACCGCUGUCACGGGGCAAAAAUGGCACCAGCGGGUCCAAAGACGAUGUGUUGGAAAACCAAGUGCUGCAAACAGAAGAAUUGGACAGCAUCCACUCGGUUACAAAGACUCCAGAUAUAAGCCUUUCAGCUGAUGAAGGGGGCCUGACGGACACAGAAGCUGAGCAUUUAGACAUCACCAAUGACAGCCUCCCAGCUGCUUCGGAGCUCCAGGAUGGACAAAGGGUUAGUUCUGGAUCAGACACAGAUAUUUACAGCUUUCAUUCAGCCGCAGAACACGAGGAUUUGCUCUCCGAUAUUCAGCAUGCCAUUAAGCUGCAGCAGGGUUCAAUUAGUGCAGCUGCUGACAAACUGCAAACACGAGAGAAAAAAACCGAGAGUCUCCUCCCACAAACGGAGGAAUUUGUCGCCCUGACAGGGAUCGAUAACAAAGAAAGUGUUCCAGAUGUGGCGCACAUCUCUCCGGUGACUGACAAGGUAGGAAACCUUGCCUCUCUUGAAGGCCAGCAUGAGCAGGUUGAGAUGCGGGCUAAAACUGUGGAAACCUACAGCACGUUAACCAGUGAAAAUGCAGAGCAUCGACUGGCUGCGGUAACAGAGAGGCAUGUUUCCAUAGAAACCGCUGCUGAACACAGCCCAAAGGUGGGCUUAGGUCCCGAGUGUGAUUUGUCAUUCACGCAAAAUGGAUUUGGCUUUUCUCCAGUUCAAUUAACUCCUGAAGAGGUCUGCCUCUGUGAUGAAGCUUCUUUAACUUGCAGUGAAGCUGAACAAAACUGCUUUGGGGAGAAGGUCGCUGACUACAGUGUGGAAAAUGUGCUGGCAUGUGACCACACCGGCUAUGAUUCUGAAGUGUUUCUUGAUGCAACUGGCUCUGCAAUUAAGGAUAGUGCCCACUAUGUUAAUGCACGCAAAUUAGAAUCUCCUGCGAGUACCCUCCGAUCACACAGACCUUUCCCUGUAGCAGCAUCAACAUUGGUCAGGCCAUAUCCUCCAGUUAAUGCCAUCUUUGUCAGGACGACGACCAGGCAGCUGAGCUCUCCAAGUAACUCCCCCUCCGUCUCACCGUCACAGAGCCCCCUGUUUCGGAGGCGACGACGUACAGCUGACCACAAGCGAGGCAAAGGACAAUCCAGACAACAGAAAUUCCCGAGUGGGAAGGGUUCACUCAGUCGGUCAGCCGAUUGGACAGAGGAAGUGAAAUGGCCAAAGGGAGGCAGUAUAAAGAAGGCAGGGUCUGUGGAUACUUUGCAACAGUCGGAAUCUCCAGAAAUUCUACCCCUGGGACCUAUAAAAAGACCUUCACUGUCUGACAGCUACCCUGAGAUCUUCACUGGGAGAACCUUACUGGAGAAGCUUUUUGGACAGCAGGAAAAGGCACAGCUUUCAGGCGAGCAUGAGGAAGCUGAGAAACUUUGCUCUCGUAUUCUGGCCAUGGGUUUGCUACUUCCAUUUGGGGACUGCUUCAGAGAACAAUUUUGUGGAGAAGCGCCACAAACCACCACCAAGUUUGAUCAAGACAAGCUGUACACGUGGGCAGCGGUCAGCCAACCAACCCAGUCCCAUGACCACGUGGAAGGUCGUAUCCCUGGGAGAAUUCAGGCUGUGUGGCCACCAGCCAAACCCUGGACAGAAGGAAAGCUGAAGCCUGUGGAAUCGGAGAGCCGCGAUGCUGUUCUGAGUUUGAAGAGGAUACAGAAAGAGGAGCUACACACAUUACAAAAAGAUAAUGAAGAAAAACCACCAGAGUUGAAGGAAGAGCAGGUUGCCGUCAUCCAGAAACUUGAGCAAACAAUUGAACAGCUAAGGACCAAAAUAGCUGAACUGGAGAAGCAUUCUGCCCUAUUAGACCAAGAGAGGACUGUAAAGGACCACGGAUCUGGUAGUGAGGAUAUAAUCUCAAAAGCUGCUUCUGAUGUUCAUCUGCAAACAGAUGCGCAGACUUUUCUUAACAGUUUACAGACUUCUUGUGUGGAUGCUAAAUCUAUACAGACUUCCCCUACACAGGAAUAUACAGCUGAUCAAGUGCCUUUAUUUGAUAGACAGUCGUCACAACCUCCACUUCCAAGUUGCAGGGUUUCUUUGUCUCAGGAUCAUUCUGUAUCUGCAGCUUCAUCACAGCCAAAAACUCCAACGCAUCCAUAUAGUACUUUAUCACAAAAGUUGACAGCUCACUCAAGUGAAGUAUCCCUUUCUGUGUCUACGACAUCGGAUCAAAACAUACAAGAAUUUUCACCAGAAUUUUUAUCCAAUCAAGGCUCUUUGUCUCUGGCUGACAGUGAAGCUCUCCCUCUACCAUCUGCUGACAUCACGCAUCUGCCCGUAUUGUCCAGUUGUGAGCUUCCACCUCCACCACCUCCUUUGCCUGGCACACUGCUCCCUCCUCCCCCACCUCCUCCACCUCUGCCUGGCUCUGUAUUCCCAACGCCGCCAGCUCCUCCACCCCCUCCUCCUCUGCCUGGCUCUGUGCUUCCCACUCUGCCUCCCCCUCCCCCUCUGCCUGGCUCUGUGUUACCCAUACCCCCUCCUCCUCCCCCUCUGCCUGGCUCUGCGUUACCCAUACCCCCUCCUCCUCCCCCUCUGCCUGGCUCUGCAUUACCCAUACCCCCUCCCCCUCCCCCUCUGCCUGGCUCUGUGUUACCCAUACCCCCUCCUCCUCCCCCUCUGCCUGGCUCUGUGUUACCCAUACCCCCUCCUCCUCCCCCUCUGCCUGGCUCUGCGUUACCCAUACCCCCUCCCCCUCCCCCUCUGCCUGGCUCUGCGUUACCCAUACCCCCUCCCCCUCCCCCUCUGCCUGGCUCUGUGUUACCCAUACCCCCUCCCCCUCCCCCUCUGCCUGGCUCUGCGUUACCCAUACCACCUCCCCCUCCCCCUCUGCCUGGCUCUGCGUUACCCACCCCGCCUCCCCCACCUCCUCUGCCCGGCUGUGGUUUCCUUCCACCACCUCUUCCAGCGGGAAUUUUUGGAUUGGGAAUGACUAAAGACAAAUUACCGAGGAAAGUUGCAGUUGAUCCAUCCCGUCCAAUGAAACCUCUCUAUUGGUCAAGAAUUCAGCUAAGUAACAAAAGGGAAACAGAAACAUUGCCUAUCUGGGCAGCACUGGAAGAACCCUCCAUUAAUAUCCAGGAACUGGAAAAUUACUUUUCGAAAUCAGCUGUCAAGGAGAGGAAAAAGCCAAUUUUAGAUACCUACAGCAAAACAAAAACUAAACAGGUUGUGAAACUUCUGAACAACAAGAGGUCGCAAGCUGUUGGAAUUCUAAUGUCAAGUCUUCACUUGGAGAUGAAAGACAUCCAGCACGCUGUUCUGAACUUGGACAAUUCUGUGGUUGACCUGGAGACCCUUCAAGCCUUGUAUGAGAAUAGAGCACAGCAAGAAGAGUUGGAGAAAAUUGAAAAGCAGAUGCAAAAGUCAUCCAAAGACAAUGCCAAGCCCUUGGACAAGCCUGAGCAGUUCCUCUAUGAGUUGGCUCAAAUUGUCAAUUUCUCCGAACGAGUGUUUUGCAUCCUUUUCCAGUCCACUUUCUUGGAGAAUAUUGCUGCUAUCAACCGUAAGCUUGAAAUAAUGGACACAUUGUGCAAGACACUCCAAACAAGUGCCAGUGUAAAACAGGUGUUGGGUCUAAUUCUUGCUUUUGGAAACUACAUGAAUGGCGGGAACAGAAGUCGCGGCCAGGCAGACGGCUUUGGUCUAGAGAUCCUUCCCAAGCUUCGAGAUGUUAAGAGCAGUGAUAACAGCAUUAACCUCCUGUUCUAUCUGGUUUCCUAUUAUUUGCGUAAUUUUGACAAGGAUGCAGGUACAGAACAAAGUAUCUUCCCUAUGCCAGAACCACAGGACUUAUUUCAAGCUUCCCAGAUGAAGUUUGAAGAUUUUGAGAAGGACCUUCGUAAACUAAAGAAGGACUUGAAAGCUUGUGAGACAGAAAUGGGAAAAGUCUGCCGCCUUUCACCAGAAGAGCAUCUACAGCCUUUUAAAGACAAAAUGGAAGAAUUCAUUAAUCAAGCAAAGAUUGAUCAAGAGUCUAAGGAAGCUUUCUUGUCUAGAACUCACAAAAGCUUCUUGGAAACAGCAGCAUAUUUCAGCAUGAAGCCAAAGUCCGGAGAUAAAGAAGUCACUCCAAAUCAUUUAUUUACCCUGUGGUAUGAGUUUUGUUCAGACUUCAAAGAGUAUUGGAGAAAGGAAAGCAAAGUUAUCCUUAAGGAAAAGAUCAAAGAGGCAGAAGCACAUAUACAUAAUCAAAAGAAAGAAAGGUCUUACUCUGUCAAGGAAAAAGUCAAAACUGGGAUGAAAGCAAAAGUGACUAUGAAAGACAAACGUGUAAAUGAAUCUUAUCCUUAGGAAUUGAAGAGUACAUACAUAACACCUUUUCCCUCAACCUUUAUGUUUGUACCCAUGUAAUGGCACAUUAUCACACCUUUUUGUGCCCAUUCCAUAGAGGAGAUGUUAAAGCUAACUACUUGAUUGAUGAUGUUCAGCCAUAUGAUUGUACUACUCUUUAUAUCUGCUAUAUGAGGGCAUUGCAUUCAUUGACUGCAUGCUCAUUAGACAAACAACAUCUUCUGGAAAGUAUUUUGUAGCAAACUUUGGACCUGAAGGGAUGCUGGAUAUUUUGGGUUUUUAGUCAAUAGCUAAUGAACUGAUGAUUUGUUGAGGAGAGCAACACAAUCAGCAAUUGGACAUGUUUAAUCCUUCCAGUGGCACUGUGUAUGUUACAUUAAAUAUAUAUAUAUAUAUAUAUAUAUAAAUAAUAUAUAUAUAUUCCAGAACAGAAUUAAUUAACUAAAUGAUUUGGACAAAUUCUAGAUUUUUGUCCAAUGGAUAAACAUUAACAACGCAUGAGAAAUAGAACAGUUAUUUUCUUAAAUAUUACUUUCUAACCUCUGUGACUUGCUAUACUUGACAAGGUAUGAGCAUGGGCAAAUUUUAUCUUCAAGAAAUUAAUCAACCCAGUUAAAACUUACAAGUAUUUUUGAUUUGGUUAGGAUGAGCUAGUAUUGCUGCGAGGGAGAUUACAGUUUGCCCAUAGUGGACACUUCCCAGCGUUAAGGUGGAGCUUUGUCUGAUGGGGAUGGUUGUGGCACUGAAAUGCACUGCUGUUCAGCUUUUACUAGGAUUACAUUCUAAAGCUAUUAUAAUAAACACUUAUCUGUACACCUCAUAGUUUUUUGUGUUUUAAAUGUAAAUUUGGUGUCUUACUGCUGUUCAUAAGACAACAUAUUAAAUUAUUUAAACGUAGGUAUAUAACA